UGACAGUUUUCCACAAAAAACUGCGCUGGUUGAGAUACUCGAACAAGUUAUCAGGGAAGAGAAAAGAGAAGCUGGUCUCUGAGACGUUUAUUUGCUGGCUGCUAAUCAAGUUGUAGCGACUGUCCAUAUUGAAUAUUUUUGAAGGAAGAAAACCAUUGUCUGUUGUGUUGUUGCUAGUGAUCUUUUGUGUGGCGGAUUAACUACAACCAUCCACUCCAACACUUCAUUUCGCGUUGAAAUAAAGAAACUAUACAAGUCAUGAACCAUAAAGAGUACACAAUACAGCAGCUUCGUUCCACUGUGCUGUAUGGACUUGAUAACGACCUCAUACCGUCUGCUGAAUUUGCAGCAGAGAGAUUGAUUGCUGAAACCAGUGGACAGGAUUUGAACUCUAUUCAUCUUUAUGGGUUGGUGUUGUUGAAGAAAAAUAGAUACAAGGCAGCUUAUAAUCUCACUGCUAAUAAGAUACAUGCUGGAUGUGCUUUUGUAUUUGCAAAAGCUGCUUUCAAUUUGGGGAAAGGUCAAGAAGGGGUUGUUGCUUUGUUGAGCACUCAGUCAUUAUGGGAAAAUAUUGAGGACUCUCUGCAAGUGAAUUAUGAAUUUGAAAGAAAAUUAUUACCUGAUCCAGCUGUUUUCUAUAGCUUAUUGGGGAGACUAUAUCUAUUAGUUGGUGAUACAAAAGAGAGUGCCAUUAAUCAUUCCAAAGCUUUGAAAAGAAAUCCAUAUUUAUGGGAAUCAUUUGAAGAAUUAAACAAAAUGGGUGCUAACGUUAGAGUUAAGGCAAUUUAUAAAGUAUCGCAAAGCUCCCAAUUUCUACUGGGUAAUGACCUGGUGACUAGUAAUGGAGCUAAUGAUACUUCAUCUUUCAGCAGAGACCCAUUUGGUGAUACUUCUAAUUUGAAUCCACCAAAAUCAUCUUUGAAAUCAGAUAUGGGUAACGAAUUCACAACACCAAGAGUUAAACAAUCUACACUGCCCAAUGCCCCAUCAAGAAAGACAAGAUCCUCUGUUUCAAGGGAAAUGUUUAAACCUCCACCAGCUUUGGGUAGUGGUGGUACUGGUAGUAAUAGUGGGAACGGAAGUGAAAGUAUCAAAAGAACAUCAAGAAUGGCAGCUGCUACUAAAGUAGGUUCUAGACUCAUAUCACAACCUUUAGGAAGUGCAACCAAAAAUUCUGGUAAUAUCUCAUCAGGUUCCACUUCAAGAAAAUCAUCACUGGCUGAAGCAAGUGCAAUGAAAAGAGGUAAAAUAUUUGCUCUUGGGUCUUCGAAUGAACCUGGGUCUGCUUUGAAAAGAAAUCAUUAUCUUUCAAAUGAAGAAUUUGGUGAACAAUAUGUGCUGAAUUUAUAUGCCUCAUAUGCUAAAGGUUACAAAGCAAUGUGUCGCUAUGAUUGUUUCAAAGCCAUAAGGAUAUUAAGUGCUCUACCAAAACAUCAUUUGAACACACCAUGGGUUUUGAGUAAAUUAGGAAGAUUGCAUUUUGAAAUUGUCAACUAUGAAGAGUCAAAGAAUUACUUCACUAAAUUAAGAAACUUGGAUAAUACGAGAAUAGAGGAUAUGGAAUAUUACUCCACUUUAUUAUGGCAUCUGCAUGAAGACCUCGAAUUGUGUUAUUUGGCACAUGAGUUACAAAAUAUUGAAAGAAAUUCUCCACAAACAUGGGUUGCUAUAGGUAAUCUAUUUUCCUUGAAAAGAGAACCAGAUGAAGCUAUCAAAUGUUUCCAAAGAGCAACUCAAUUAGAUCCAAACUUUGCAUAUGCUUUUACAUUACAAGGUCAUGAAUACGUUUCAAAUGAUGCUUAUGAAAGUGCACUAGAAAGUUUCCGUUCAGCUCUAUUGUUGGAUCCAAGACAUUACAAUGCCCUGUAUGGUAUAGGUAUGGUUUAUUUGAAACUCGGUGAUUUCAGUAAAGCUGAAUUUCAUUUCAGAAAAGCUGUUGAUAUUAAUCCAGUCAAUGUAAUUUUGAUAUGUUGUGUUGGUAUGAUGCUAGAGAAACAAGGUAGAAGAGAUUUUGCAUUGAAACAAUAUGAAUUGGCAUGUAAGAUUCAACCCCUAAGUGCUCUGGCGUUAUUCAAAAAGGCACAAUUAUUAUUUGCAAUGGAACAGUACCAUGACUCAUUAGUUGCGUUUGAACAUUUGACAACACUUGCUCCAGAUGAAGCUAGUGUUCAUUUCUUAUUGGGACAACUUUACAAGAUGUGUGAUAGAAAGAACGAUGCUAUUAAACAGUUUACUAUAGCCUUGAAUUUAGAUCCAAAGGGAAGUCAUUUAGUUAAGGAUGCUUUAGAAGGAUUGACAAAUGGUUGA